AUGAAUCCUAACGUUCUUCAUCAAUUUGCCAUGGGUGCUCAUCAUGAUGUUAAAGAACGACCGGUCUCUUUGCUCUCGCGGCCCAACCGAGCUUCUACUGCCUCAUCCGGCGGCGAUGAUGAUGAUUUAUCUACGAGUUCAAACUCCAAUUCGAACUUUCAAUCUCAGUUGUCAAUUGACGAUCGAUUAAGUCGAUUGGAAUCUUCGAUUGGUACCCUCGGUUUGAUGUAUCAAAGAGAUAUGAACGAGUUAAGAACCCAAUUGGAUUGUCUGAUGAACAAACCGAAGGACUCGCCGCCCUUCUCAGCUAUCAAUUCUAGUCAUCUCAAUAAAAAUGCUACCCCAUUUGUACCAUUGACUUCUACCUACCUUAACACCAACACUACUAAUCAUCACGAAAACGACGAAAAAAAUGAAAAUGCCAAGAACCCGGGCGCUGUCAAUCAACCCUUUAACUCAUUAUCACAAACUGAGCAAAUCCAUUCUCUUUCUCAACAAGUUAACUUACUCUCUCAAACCAUGUCUCAACUUUUAUCUACUUUGAUUACAUCUCCUUCUGCCAACACUCCUUCGACUGGUCUCAAUUUACCACCUCAAUUACUUCCGAUUCAAAAUCUUAACGUGCCGAAAUUACGACCAGCUGUUAGCCAAACCCUUCCACAAAUCCCUGCACAGAUUCCUAAUCCACCUAUUCAACGAAGUCUGAGUAUCAAUAGUUUCUCGAGUCCACCAAAUCGAGCUCAUCCUGGACAUCCACCUCAUUUGAACUUCAACUCUCCUUCAAAUGAUUAUAUCCAAAAAAGGCUUUAUGAUGCUACUUCUUUACCUUCACCGCAGUUGGUGCUAUCACCCGUCAAUUCUCAACACGAGCCUUACCCACCCAGAAACAUGCUUACGAUCUCCAAUACACUUGGUCCCAAUGCGUCUGCCUCUGUACCGCCUUCUCCUAUGAGCCCCGCUGCUUUCGAUCAAUAUCAUAGCGGUGGUAGUGCACCUGCUAAUUCCCUUGCUGGCAAGUGGGAACAGCUAGGUAUCACGGGUGAUGUCUUACGUGCUAUCGUUAGGUUUGGAAUUGGCCCACCAACCAAGACUCAACAAAAGUCAAUUCCGUUGAUGUUGGUCGGCAAGGAUUUGGUCUCACAAUCUAAUCCAAUCCAAGAACGUAUUCAGGCCUACGUGAUCCCAGCGCUUCAACUCAUCAGUCACUCUGCUCGUGGUCCAUCUUCUGGGGCUUAUCCCGCUCAUUUCCAACUCAACAAACCAGCCGCGCCUCCUGCACCCAAUCAGACGGUCAAAGUGUUGAUUAUAACUGCUACCCUUGAUGAAGCCUCUCAAGCUUAUCGACUUGCCAAUGGCAUCGCUUCCUUAUUACCGUACGCUUUGAAAGUCAGCCAUUGCUCUAGCGACGCCCAACCUCCUCCUUCGCACCCAGCUGUUUCAAUGCACCCUCAGCCUCAUAUCCUCAUUGGAACACCAUCGAAACUUCUGGAUCCUGUCAACGGUCUGCGAGGAUACAAUUUUGACGCUAGCGACUUUAUCAGUGUAGUCUUGGACGAGAUGGAUCAACUCUUGGCUCGAAACAUGACAGAUAUGGUCACCAGCUUGAUGAAUUUCUUACCUACAAACCAAGUCACCUCUUCGCCGGAUCGUUUGAGCCCACCUUUGCUACCUAAAUCUUCCACAGGUGCAGACUGCCCUACUCCCGCUUUUGAUAACGCUCAUCGACCACCGGGGAGUCAGUACUCUGUAACUUCGCCCAUCGGUCCCUCCUUCAAAUCUGCACCUUCACCACUUACACCCGGAUUUCCUACUACUCCUCAAGACCCUCCUCGUGGUCGUCAGACUUGUAUCUUUAGCUGUACUGUACCACAAGAUGUGCUGAGCUAUGCUCGCACGCUCAAUCUUCGAGCCCGAGUGCUUGUUCGACGCGAUGAACCCGCUUCCAACAACUCGGCUACUCAUCAAUCUAACAACGGCCCAGCAGGAUCUUACGAGGUAUCCGAUCUACGUGGACAACUUCCUAAUUCAUUGCCUUCCCUCUCUGGACGAAUCAGUCCACAAGAACUUGUCAAAAGCCUUCGACAAUACUAUGUUUCGAUCCAAAUGGGUGGAGGAGUGACUGGAAGGAGAGGACGUGAAUGGAAGCUUGAUGCACUUGUUGAAUUGUUAUUAGAUCUUGAUCAUCCACCCGAGGCUGCUGGGGGUGAGCAUGGUCAACCUUUUGUGUUGGUGUAUUGUAACAGUGUUGAUUCGGUGGAAUGUGUGAGCCAAAAAUUGAUCUCACAAGGUAUCGAUGCUCUUGCCUUGCAUCAAGAUAUGGGUCCAGCUGCUCGUCACUCCAUCCUGACUCGCUUCAACAAAGCACCUCUAGGCAACGGAUUUGGAAACCAAAAAGGUCCGAAGAUGAAAGCUCUGGUCGUUUACGACGUACUUUCAAAGAGCUUAGUAGACCUACAAAGUUAUCAAUCAAUCUUGCCUGUCGCGCGUCAAACGAUUCUUGUCAACUUUGAACUUCCACGCGCUGUUGAGGACUAUGUACAUCGAGCUGCUUGUAUGAUUUCAAACCAUAAAAGACCAAUUGGAUCUGGAGGCGUUUUGAUAAAUUUUGUUUCAGUUCUUUCUGAUGUUGAGAUGGUCAGAUCCAUUGAAAGUUUUUAUCGAUGUCAAAUUAAUGAAUUACCGCAUCACCAUUUACAUCUCUUGUAG